AUGUCAUUAUUGUCAAUUAUCGCUUGUCGCACGCAAUGGUCGUCCCAUCAGCAUAAAUAUUGUGUUUUUAUAAACAAAUCAAUUGUUAAUUUUCCCGAUUUUUUUGGUGGAUGUCGGGUUUAUGUUAUACCAAUUGCGUAAGAUGGAAAUUGGUUGCAUUUGACCGUAAAAGCCGCCCCAUUUCUUCAUAAUGUUAUUGACUACUGUUUGAACUUGUUACUCAUGAGACUUGCAGCUUGAUUUUAGGUUUUUCGUUGGAUACCGCUCUCCAACUUUGUAAUCUUCAAGUUGCCCCUCAUUCGUUCUAAUGGUGCUUUGGAAAAGGGGGUUUACAAUGUCGUUAGAACAGCCAGUUAAGAAAAAACCGAAACGCGAGGAGAACAAUCGCAGUGUAGAUGAGACUGAUUUUAUACAAAAUUUAAGUGAAAAUGUUGUGCCGUCCAAUCUUCAAUCGCUUCAUCUUUCCUUACCUCCCGAUGUUAAUGAAGAUGAUAUCAGUUUAAAUGGUGUCAACUUGGGUUAUAGUACAAAAAGUUUUCUGGAAGCUGAUACAAGUGAGUUGGAAAAAAGUGCUAGUGAGUUCGAAAACAGUGAAAGUGACUGUGCGUUAACGGAAACUAAUACAUUAAGCCUUUCCCGGACUGAUAAUGAAUCCAGUGUUGCUCCAGAAUCCAACCACUCCGGCACAGUAAAUAUACAUCCUAUUAGUACAAUUGUUCAAACUGCUGCUGAUAUAGCAUGUAGUGAUGUAGUCCAAGUUAUAGCAGACAAUUCUUUAAACAAUUUCCAACAACAUCUUAUCAAGCAAUGCUUGUGUGGCAUAUCAGAAACCAUUUUACACACACAUUUGAUUGCAAAUGUACAACAUACAAGCACUUCACCAAAUGAUGUUAUUGUGUUAAAUGAAUGGUCUGAUCAGCAGACGAUCCAGUUUUUAUCCAACCUUCAGCUACUAUUCGAUAUUUACCUGAAGCAAAAUAAUAAUGGUUUUAUUUGCACCAAAAUUGUUUUAAACUGUGAAAUGAUUUUAUACAACCAAUGUAAUCUCAUUGAGCAAAUAAUCUCGCUUUGUGAAAGCAGGAAUACGUUUAUCUUAUACCUGGCAGCAAAAGUGCUUAGUAGUUUUAUAAUUACUGCGAAGGCUAACAUUAAUAAUGACUGGAUUGAAUUAAUUCUGAGAAAUCUCACUUCUGAAGUAUUCGUCUAUUCAAAAACUAACUUUUGCCUGGAAAUUAUAAAAAGGGUCGUUGAAUGGAAAGACGUUGAUAUUCAUAUAUUGGAAGACACAGAUCUGCAAGGCUCUUCAGGGUCGAGUAAUCCAAAUUCAAAUUGUGUGAGAGUGCCCUUUAGAGACGCCGAAAGCUUCGACACUUCGUCUAUUAAAGGGCUUAUUAUAAAGAGCUUAGAGUCAAUAUGGCCCGACUUAAUUCGCAGAAUCGAAAACUCUAUUGUAAUCAAUCCAUCGCCUGUUGAUAGUGAAACGUGCACUUUAACUUUUUUGAUGCUCUGGGAGCGAAUUAUUUCCGUUAAAGCAAACCUGAGUGUUAUAGAUAUAAAACCGUUUUAUGCCCAUUUAGAAACGUUUGUUGCUCUUUUAAACAACAAUUUGCCUUCAAUUAUUUGGAAGCAGUUAUUGUCCUUAUUUAACGAAGUUUUAUGCUACGGGAGUACUUUGUCAUUACAAGACAUGGUUCCUGAUGAUACAUGUCAAUUAGCCCAUUUGAUCGUUAGAUAUGUGAAGGAUUACAGAUUGUUAGAUAGUCUCCCUUUUCGUCAAGAACCAGGUAAUACCAUCAAUACUUUUAUUGGCUCCAUUCUUAGCUCUGAACCGGCUGAAACAGCUGUUGAUAGAACACUUCUUCAAAAGAUGGUUUUACUGGUAUUAAAAUCGGUAGCAGUUACCAUUAAGGAAACCAGAUCAGAUAGUUCAGAUUCCAGUGUUGGGUCGGAAGAUUAUGAUUUUUAUCAAGAUAUGCAAAUGAUUGAAAGAUCGAUUAGGGAUGUGUUGAAGAAAGUAGAUGCUUUUGUUAAGAACUCCUUAGAGUUUCAUCCGGAGACACCGUUUUGUAAAAUUAUGAUUCACCUGUUUUGCGACCAAGAUAAUUACCUUAUUGAAUCCAUGGUGUGUACCCUUGAUAUCGCAGUAGGGAUUUCUUAUAGAAAUGCAGUAUUUCCUGAUUUGACCACAUUGCUUAACCCUGUACACUCAUUCACAGAGUUUUUAAAGAUUGUCAGUCACGAUUCGGAUGUUUUACUUGAUUACCUCGUAGGAAGUGAGACCUGUUUUUUGCUAUAUUUGCUAAGGUUUUUAAAAUACACCCGCCGUAAUUGGCCGAAAUUUGUUAGUAGUUGUGCGGAAGGCAACACGCCGAGAAGCAAUGAAUUAGAUGACACUAUGACUGUAUUAAUUAGGCUUAAAAUGCAGAUUAAUAGGCUUGUUUCUAGAGAACUGUUUCCUUACAAUAUUAAUCCAAUUUUAAGACUAUUGACUGUUUGCGAAGGUUUAUACGAUGGUAAUGAAUAUAGUUGAUAAAGCGGGUGACCAUCGCAAGCGUCCUAAACUCUAAAGCUUCAUGGAGCUCUUCUUAACAUUUUUGCAGUAUGAAUCAGUAUUAUGCAGCGCGAAGAAACGUAGUUGAUGGAAAAAAAAAUAUUUUUUUACAAUGUACCUAAAUCAUUAUAACUUACAAAGUCUCUAGUCCAUUUACCUAGCAGCUUUGUUGAAAUACAUGCAUAUUACAUUAAGCGAAUUGAAUUAAACUUUUAUACAUCAAUAUUUAGGUGCUUAUUUUUACAUUCUAUUUUUUGGCACAUCUUUGUUCAAUAUCCGCUUUCUUUAAAAUGUUUGAACCAACUUUCCACUAGCUAUAAUAUGUCAAAAAGAGAUUCAUACGGGAUCAAGUAAAAAAUGUUAAGUAGGUCUUCCUAGAAACUAUUUAUUUUAGAAUAGGUAGUGAAAUAAUUAAAACUCCAGCUUUUCAGAAGGCCGAUGACAAUAAACGGUUUAAAAAAUUUCCAUUAAUAAUACUUAUAUUAUUUCAAUUUUUUCUAAAUGUAUAUUAUAUAUCGAUGACGACGACAUAUUUGCCAAAACAUUAAUUAGUUAUUAUCAAGUUAAAGUUUUCCUUUGAAAACAGUGGAAAUGCGUUACAAUAAAUUCAUUGAACUGAAACUAUGGUGUAUAGUAGUUGUGUGUAUAGAAUUUCAGAGGCUAAAAAUAUGGCCAAGCACUUUUGACAAAUUAAAGCUCCUCUAUUUCAAAUCUACAGGGUGAUUCAAAAUUGGCGUCAUUUCUUUUAAGAGGUUAUAGGGGCUCACUUGGAGAGUAGAGUCGAGUAUGGUAAAAGUAAACGAUUUUGAGAAAAACAUUUUUCUUGCAAAUUUUUCAUUAUUUAGAAAAUAGAUCCUCAUCUUGUUUUGACCUACAACUUUUUUGUGUAAUAAUUGAUAAAGCUACUUUACAUUGUAGUGAGUUGAAAUAAAAGAAACCAAAAUUCAAUUUUGGAAAAUAAAUAUUUAAAAGUUGAAAUAGUUAUAUGAAAAGUAACCUAUUAGUAAUUUAGGUUCAUGUUUACAUUUAUUCCAAGCAUUAAAAACAUGUUUUGUUUUCACUAGCUAUUUUUAUUAAGGAUCGAAACGUAAAAACUAUUUAGAAACUCGUGAAUUAAACCCUUAAGAAAAUAAUAAAAGUAUAAAUAAAACUCUAUUUUAAAUAAUAAAAUAAAUUUUAAUUUAAUCUAACAAGUUUUUUUCAAUGAAGUGUGUAUACAGGGAGUAUCUUUGUAAAUAUAAAAUGUAUUUUUUUGAAAUAUCGGGAGAAUGGUACGAUGUAUUUUGGUGAAACUCGCUGUGAAUUUGUUCUUAUGUAAGACUCAUAUUUUGAUGAGACAAUCGAUUUCAUCCGUUUUGGGCAAGUGGUGAAUUCUUGAGUGGCGUGGUACAAAAACUACCAGAACUUUUUAUUUGCUGGGUGAAAUCAAUUCAUUUUGUUGUUGAUUUAUUCACAAUGUUGUGCUCUUUGCAAAAUCUUGUAGCAUUCAUAGUUUUUGCGAAAAAAAUGUUUCUGUUUUCUUGCUACUAACAAUGUGACAUUCUGAAAUAGGUGUCUUGGUUAUCGGAAUAGAAUCUUCUAAAAUUUUUGUUUAAGUCUGAAGACGUUCCUGUUCUUGCCUAUGUUACCUAACACACCUACAUUGUUGCCGAAUUUAUGAUCUAGAUUUUUGCAAAUGUCUCAAUUUUAAAUUUAGAAGUUAAUUUUUUCACUAUUUUUCUUGUACUCCCUAAACACCCUCAGAGGAAAUCACCCCAAUUUUGAAUGUAUGAUCACAGUUCAAAACUCA